AUUUUGGCGGGAACCGAUAAAGCACGCACUUCCCCCGACGUACGUAUCUCCUCUGCUCUGCUGGGGAACUGCUUUUCUGCUUUCCUUGAUCCGAGACGAUCCCUUUUGAGCUUGCUUUCCCACGGACGGCAUCUCCUGUUGUGUGUCACCCGAGGGAGGAACAGAGGGAGGCAUGGAAAGGGAUAGGUCGGAUCAAGGCGUCGUGUUCGUCUCCAUCUCGCCUGCCAAAGCAAAGCAAAGCAAAGCUGCCACCCAACAACCAUCCUUCCCCUUCCCCUUCUCCUCUGACCGGACCUGCCACCCCGCCUGCAGCACCACCACCUCGCCGCCGCUCAUUUGUCUUCUUCUUAUACCCUUCGCUUUCUUGCAACGCAAUCCUCCCUCCCUCCAUCCGCGACCAUGAGCGCCACGGCCAUCCACGCCGCCGCAGUCCUGCGCCGCCGCGCCAUCGCCGACGACCUCGGCCUCGCCGCCCACGACCCCGACGACGCCUACUGGGCCGCCGCGCCACGCCUCUACGACUUCUCCAAGCACCACCUCCACCUCAACCACCAAGACCCGGAGCACGCCCACGCCAACGACAUCCACCCCAAGCCACACCACCACCACGACCCCCUCAAGCCGGAGCACGACGGCCGCCACAUCGGCCUCCUCAAGCCGGAGCACGACGGCCGCGACGUCGGCCUCCUCAAGCCGGAGCAGGGCAUCCGCGACGUCGGCCUCCUCAAGCCGGAGCAGGGCAUCCGCGACGACGGCCUCCUCAAGCCAGAGCAGGACGACGACGACCUCCUCAAGCAGGAGGACGAGGACGACUUCCUCAAGCAGGAGGACGAGGACGAGGACGACUUCCUCAAGGAGGGGGAAGAGGAAGAGCACGGCCUCCCCAAGAAGGAGCCGGAGCGCGACCCGGACCCGCUCCCACCACCGCCGCCAGCGCCUUCGCCGCUGCCGAGGAAGCAGCCAAGCGCCCACCUCUGCCUGCUGGCGCUGCAGGGCACGGGCCUCGGCUGGGGCGUGCGGAAGCGGGUCCACUACGUCGCCCGCCACCGCAACGCCGCGCGCCACGACGAUCGCCGCCACGCACGCCCUCUCCCCGUCGCCGAGAGCGGCGCCAACGCUGACGAGGGCAGCUCCAGCAACGUCAAGACCAAGGACCUGCUCGGGCUGCUCGAGGAGACGCAGGCGGACGCGGAGGGGGGCGGGAGCCCCGGCCGCCGCCAGGAGGAGGAGGGGGAGGAGCGCGAGGCGACGGACGUGGCGGAGGGGAAGACGGCCAAGAGGCGGCGGAGGAGGAAGCCCGGCCGCGUCCACAGCUUCAGCCUCCCCAAGAAGAGGGCCCGCAAGCCCGCUCCCGCUCCAAAGGUCGAGGUUUUCGAGGAGGCAGCCGUGGACGCCGACGCCGACCCCGAGGCGGAGCGCAAGGUGGUGGCCACGGCGGACAAGGGCAAGAGGAAGAGGAGCGACGUUCGUGGCCGUGGCCGUGCCGUCGCCAAGCGGACGAAGAAGGCGACCGUGCCGGCGCCGGAGGAGGAGCGCAAGGUGGUCAAGGCGGAGAAGAGGAGGAGCCCGCCAGAGGAGGAGGAGGAGGUGCGCACGGUGGUCAAGAAGGAGAAGAGGACGAACCUGCCGGAGGAGAAGGAGGGCGGCGGCAGGGCGGUGAAGACGGAGACGAAGCGGGGCCUGCCGGAGGAAGAGCGCGCGGCGGUGGUGCUGGUGGCCGUCAAGAGGGAGAGGAAGAGCAAGGCUCCCCUCCGCGGCCGCGCCGUCACCGUCACCGUCGCGGAGGAGCCGGAGACGAAGCCCCCACGCGCCGUCAAGGCCGAGGAGGCCGCCGCGGCGCCGCGCGGCAUGGUCGACCGGUGGUCGGCCACGCGCUACGCGGCCGCCGAGGCGUCCCUGCUCGGCGUCAUGCGCCGCUUCGGCGCGCGCCCCGGCAAGACCGUGCCCCGCGGCGAGCUGAGGCAGGCGGCGCGCAAGCACAUCGGCGACACGGGCCUCCUCGACCACCUCCUCAAGCACUCCGCCGACAAGGUGCCGCGCGGAAGCGCCGAGCGCAUCCGACGCCGCCACACCGCCGACGGCGCCAUGGAGUACUGGCUCGAGCCGGCCGAGCUCGCGGCCCUGCGCCGGGAGGUCGGCGUCGACGCAUACUGGGUGCCGCCGCCAGGGUGGAAGCGCGGGGACCCCGUGUCCGCCGACGGCUACGCGCUCAAGGCCAAGAGGCAGGUGGAGGAGCUCACCAAGGAGCUCGCCGGAGUAAAAAGGCACAUGCAGCAGCUGGUGAAGGCACAUCAAGGCACAAUGAACAGUGUAUUGAAACCCGAGGCAGUCAAAGCCUGCAUUUCUCAUGAGCCUUAUCAGGACAAGUAUGAGUGUGUGAUGAAGGCCAAUGGCAAUCUGGAGAAGCAGGUUCUGUCCUUGGAGGAGAAGUACGCCGGCGCGACACGGGCGAAUGGCAAGCUGGAGGAGGAGGUUCUGUUCCUCAAGGAGAAGUAUGAGGCUGUGCUUGAGAAGAACACCAGGCUGGAGCAGCAGGUGGCUGCUCUCUCCACUUCUUUCCUGUCUCUCAAGGAGGGCAUGCAGUUUCUGAAUGAUGGGGAGCAGCAGCAGCGGCCGCGGAUCAUGGGGCCGGAGCCGCGUCUUCUCCUGUGUGCCAAGGAGGCUGGCAGGCAGGAGAGCAAUGGCGGCGCAGGCGACCAGCUCGCCGGCGUCGACGGGGACGGCGGGAAGUGCAGCGAGUGGCCGGAGGAGGCGCAGCCCUCGUCCCCGCGGACACCGACGGCGGCGAGAGCCGCGUACGUGGACGAGGAGGAGGAGGCGGAGUGCGCGAUGGACGGCGGUCUCGAGCUCCCGCCCACGCCGCCGUCGGCCUCCUCCACCAACGCCGCAUCCUCCGUCAAGCUCCCGCUCCUCCCCUCCCCGGACUCGCCGGUCCAGCCCCCUCCGCAGCUGCCGCCGGCCACCACCAGCAGCAGCCCCGGGGUUGACGUCCCCCACUCGGGCGGCAUCGACAUGCAGCUCCGGCACACGGCGCAGGAUGCGCCGUCGCUGCCGUUCCCGUGCGGAGCCACGACCGGCGGCGGCAGAGUGGGCACCGAGCUGGCCCUCGCCACCCCCUCCUACUGACCGACGAGCUUCCAAGCUUUUGCAUGCCCCCCACCCCAUCACCGCUGAUCGUAGCAAGAGACGCCACCACCACUGCACAGGGAACGAACGGGAUAGGAGAAGGAAGAGGAUGAAGAAAGACAGUAGGAGCACUGUACUACUCUGCAUCACAUGAUACUGCCGCUGAUGAUCGUUGGUUUGGGUCCUCCAUUGACAACCUUUAGCUUUCUCCUCGUUUGUAGCAGCGGCAUGUGUAUGUCCGUCGUCGCCAUGCAUGGAUCAGACUUUGAAUUCGAGACCGAACCUUUCGGUGUGCUGCCGUGUUAAUCGGAGGCGGCUUAACGACGUAGCUUUUGUGAUCAUCGAUUGGUCCUUUGUCAUCA